UGCAAGGGUCGUCGCGGGUUGAUGAUGAUGAAAGAGAGAGACCUUCCAACCUCAAACAACAUCGCCGCAGGCAUGGCAUCCCAACAACGACCGACCUCGGUGGCCGACACCAGGGAGAAGACAUACUUUGAGCAGCAACGGGAAGAGUUGAUUGGGGAAAUUGCUGCAAACUUUGAGCAUGUGCUUGCCAACAUCAACAAAUUGAACAGGUCUCUUGAGGCCGUCAUUGCGGUCGGCAAUGAGUUCUCGUCAGUUGAAGCACUCUGGUCGCAGUUUGAGAACGUCAUGGCCAAGGAUCCAGAGGAGAGCGGUGAGAAGUCGGAGGAACAGGGAGACGCCCCUGAGGGAUCUCGUCAGGUCAAAACUGAAGGGAGCGAGUAAUGACUAGAUUGAGACCAGAUUCGGAUACGGCAUGAAUGAUAAAUGAUAGAUUGAUACCAAAUCCAAUUGCCAGAACACAUCCUACGACUGAAU